CAAGCAUUUGAUUAAGUAAAUAUUAUGAUGGGUUCUUCAAAAUCAUCAUCCCCUUUGACGAUCCUCAUCGUAAUCUGCAACGCAUUAAUGGCGUCGCAGCUAGAGACGAGCAGCGCCAUCUAUGUGUUUAGAAAGGUGGUUAGGAUUAAGAGUUGGAUGCCGGGCCCGUACCCACUGUUGGCCCAUUGUCGGUCCAAAUCGGACGAUCUGGGAGAAUGGACAAUGGCCUGGAACGCGGAGCAAGACAUCAGCUUCAAGACCAACCUCUACGGGACCACUCUCUUCUGGUGUGACUUCAAAUGGGCCACUGAUACCCAGACCAAGUCCCAGAGUGUCCCUGUGUUUAACGACCAAGAUCCAAACAAUCCAUGCAAUGGAGAUAAGGAUGAGAAGUACUGCAAUUGGAUAGUCAAGCCCGACGGAUUUUACAGGGCCGCCGGCAACCAAACGAGGUUUCCCGACGAUUAUACGUUCAUCACUCCCUGGAAGUAGCUACCUAGGAUCUUACGCAAUGAGUGCAAGGAGGAUUAUUAGUUAUGGGUUAGUAAUUUUUCACUAAAAUUUCGAUGUGGGAAAAUAAUAUAGUUAUGCCAUG